AUGGCUUAUGCAGUCUACACCAGGGGUACGGGGCAAAACUUAACACAUGCCACUAUCAUCGUAGCAGGAAUUGCUGCUCUGAUUGCAUCUUUACUAUCUAUUGUUUCAAUUUGGCAUCAAGCAAAAAAUUAUCGCAAGCCACUUCUCCAAAGAUAUGUAAUCCGGAUACUAUUAAUGGUACCGAUUUACUCUUUUUCCUCAUGGACAAGUAUAUUAUCUUCAAAAGCUGGAUUGCUUGUAGAUCCAAUAAGAGAUGUCUAUGAAGCGUUCACAAUCUACACUUUUUUUCAACUUUUGAUCAAUUUUAUCGGCGGUGAGAGAGCAUUAAUUAUCAUGAUGCACGGAAGGGAACCAGUCCAUCACUUAUGGCCUCUUAAUUACUGUCUUCCAACUGUUGAUAUUUCUGAUCCACACAUAUUUUUGGCCGUGAAACGUGGAAUUCUCCAAUACGCAUGGCUCAAACCCAUCCUUGGAUUGAUAUCUGUGGUAAUGAAAGGUACCGGGACAUACAAAGAAGGAUAUAUUGGACUUGAUUCUGGAUACUUCUGGAGCGGGAUCGCAUAUAAUAUCAGCGUCUCAGUCAGUCUAUAUUCUCUAGGCUUGUUCUGGGUUUGCAUGGCACAAGAUCUACAGCCAUUCAGGCCAGUACCAAAGUUUUUAUGUAUCAAGCUAAUUAUCUUUGCAUCUUACUGGCAGGGUUUCCUUCUUUCCACUAUGGUCUGGCUCGGUGCUAUUCCAGAUAACAUUGAAGGUUACAGCUCUGACAACUUAGCAGCCACAAUCCAGGACGCUUUAAUUUGUUUAGAGAUGCCUCUAUUUGCAGCUGGCCAUUGGUACGCUUUUUCUUGGCAUGAUUACGCAGACGCCACAGUAUCAGCCGCGCGCAUGCCUGUGAAGUAUGCUAUCCGAGAUUCAUUUGGGAUUCGUGAUCUCAUAGAGGAUACCAAGGAGACAUUUAGUGGCAAAAAGUAUGAGUACCGACUAUUUGAUUCUGGAGAUAAUGUUCUAGCUCAUGAAGGAUCGACAUCGCGAAUAGCGAGAUUGAAGGAAGGGAUGCGAUACGAGCGCGGUGGAAAAGGGAAAUACUGGAUCCCCAAGCCGGGGGAAUCUAGCUCUAAAACACCAUUGGUAUCGAAAACAGCAGGUCAUCUCUCCCUUAUGAACAAUGUUCCAUCAGAUCUAGCUUCGACAGACCCUUUCAACUCAGGGUACGGCAGUAGUCAUUCUGAUGCACUUUUGCUGGACACAGAAGAUGAAUGCUUUUACAAAAAAGCUCGUGCGCUAGAGUAUGGAGAUUGGAAUUACCCAGUGAUCACAGCUCAUGAAGCUUCCCCGGAGCGUUGGCUCGAAGAAUCGCCAGCACUACUGACAACUUCGACACAUCGUAACAUAUUUCAGCCAACGGAAGAUAAUCAGAUUCUCCGAGCGAAAAAUAUCAGGGAUAAAGUUGAACUUAUAAGUGGAAAAAGUACGAAAUACCACAAAAAAACUAAGGGCAAGAGCAAAGAAAAUGCCUAUAGCAGACAGCAGAUUGGAUCAGCAGAUGAUUCUCAAAGCGAUGCGUCAGCAGUAAUAGAUCCGCAGGUCCAACAAUCAUCGGUAUCUGUAUCAGGUAAUUCAGGCAAAAGUCAACUAGUUGACUUGGUCAUUGAAGAUACAGCAGCGGAAUAUAAUGAGAGAAUUCGAGCAAGGAAAGAGGGUAGCGCCGGUUGGAACAUCAGCGAACCUAAGAGAUAUGUGCGUACUUUCGGUGAGCAUGCAGGUGAAGAUAUUCGCGAAGGCUUCGAGCCAACUAACGACCCUUCUAUUAUCGUUUCUAAAUACGAAAACGAAGUGAAUAACAUGUUAGGUAAGAGUUAUGAAGGGAAAAGCUUCGAUGGUUUAGGAGAGCGUCGUAGGUGGGAGGAAGUCAGAUUCCAACCUCUGGAACUUAAGCCUAAAUACGGUAUUGAUGGAGAGGUAUUUGAGGAUAUUUGGGGGCGUAAAGAGACAUCAAAAUCACCAGAAUAA